CUUCUUCCAUCACAUGUCAGAUAUGCUGAGUAGACCUGAAGAUCCAAACCUACCAUUUGAUGCUUCUUUGACAGGCGAAGCAUCAGAUAAAAGCAAUCACCAAGACCAUUUUGCAAAAGCGUAAGGAACGUGAAGGGAGAGAAGAUGAAAGGAGGAUGGAUUUCUUGGAUGUUUUACUAACACACAACAAUACUUCUGAAGAGGAGAUACUUAGCUUGGUUCUUGAUCUUCUACUUGGAGGAUACGAAACAACGGCGAUGCUGAUAUCGAUUAUUGUAAAAUUCCUUAGCGGUUGCCCACGAGCGUUGAAUGAACUUAGAGAAGAGCAUGAGGGGGUCAGAAGAGGCAAGGUGGGGGAUGGAGGAUUGGGAUGGGAUGACUACAAAUGUAUGAAUUUCACUCAAGAUCUCAUCAACGAAGCUUUGCGAUGUGGAAACGUGGUGAAAUUUGUCCAUAGGAAAGCUAUAACGCCCAUCCAAUACAAAGGCUUUGAGAUUCCAGUUGGUUGGAAAGUUCUCCCAAUCUUCAGUGGCGUUCAUCUGGACUCUUCCCAUUACUCAGACCCCCAACAAUUUAACCCAUGGAGAUGGCAGGAGGAAAAGAUGGGAGAAAUGGGGGCAGGAGGAAAGAACUUCACACCAUUUGGAGGAGGGAGGAGGCUGUGUCCAGGGUCUGACCUUGCCAAGCUUGAGACUGCAUUCUUCCUUCAUCAUCUUGUCCUUGACUUCUCGUGGGACCCUCUCAUUGAUGAUGAUCAGCCCAUUUCCUUUCCAUAUCUCGACUUCAAGCAUGGCUUACCCAUCUCUAUACACCCCUUUUGUCAACCUCACUAGAUGGGGCCUGCAUGGUAUACAUGUACACAGGUAAGGGAGAAAUGGGCCGGGCUCUUGCUAUUGAUGAUAAACAAGAGUAGAUCUCAAGUCCAACUGGUUGGACCACCAACUAUUGUCCAACCAGCAGAUAACAUCCAACCUUUUAAGUGCAUGUGACAUCCAACCCUUCCAAUAGGUCCUACCAUGAGUAUCAUCUAGUGCAAAAAUCAUCCCUAUCUACUUGGCAAGUGGGCCACACCAUAUAAAACAAUUUCUAGCCAUUAAUAAAUAGUGAAAAAGAAGUGUUGUGCAGUUGACGAGUAGAUAUUUUUUAUUUUUUUAUGAAGCAAUUCUCAUAAUAGAGACAACAUAUUGGAUGGGUUGAAUGUUACGCACAUAAAAGGUUGGAAGUUACUGGCUGGUAGACCAUGACUUAUAAGUCUAACUGAUUGUACUUGAGAGCUUAUCAAUGGAACUCUUUCAAAACCUAAUACAAUAAAAUGGUGAGGUGAAGCCUCUUUUUUUUU